AUGUCCACAAAAACGCCAGUGGCGGACGGACCUCUUCCCCACACGUACCGACAAAGUCAUCCCCUGUUGUCCGCUGAGACCAUUGCGCGCCUAAAGCCAGAGGAACGGAGCCAUUUUCUUGAUAAGGAGGUCAAAAGAAACACUUUGUCACUUGGGGACAUUGUCGGGCUUGAGGUAUUUCAUGUCGAGUACUUGGUUCACUGUACAGUUCUUCACUGGCACACUGGCGACGAAGAAUGGAUCUACAUUCUCUCUGGACGUGGUAUGGCUGAGAUGACUGUGCUCGAGGGUGACUUCGGCGCCGGGGUCGACAAACGCACUGCGGACGACGUAGAAGUUGAGACAAAGGAUAUCGGCCCUGGAGAUUUCUUCGGCUUUAAACGCAGUGGUCGAGCGCAUAUGCUCGUAAACACGGGAACCGAAGAUUUGGUCUAUCUUCUGGGUGGAGAGCGCAACUCCCAUGAUCAGUGCACUUACCCGAAGAUGGGGAAAACCCUGCAUAUCACACGAGAGAAAGGAGAAGCAAGCGGUGGUAUUGUCGAUAAUGAGCACAUACGGUUUUGGAAGAGAGCAUGA